AUGGAUCCUCCACCUCCAGAAACAUUAAUUGCUGCUCUUGAACAAUUAUAUGCCCUGGGAGCUCUAAAUGAUGCUGGCGAUUUGACAUCAAUGGGCAGAAGAAUGUCAGAAUUUCCACUUGACCCACAACUAUCCAGAAUGCUUAUUGCCUCUGAAAAAUAUGGUUGCACAGAGGAAAUUGCAACCAUUUGUGCUAUGCUAUCUGUAAAUAAUUCUAUAUUUUUUAGACCAAAAGAAAAUGAGUUACAAUCUGAUAAUGCAAAAAAAUCAUUCCACCAUCAACAUGGUGAUCAUUUGACUCUUCUUAAUGUUUUUAAUGAAUGGGUAGAAACUGGUUAUAGUAUUCCUUGGUGCCACCAACAUUUUAUUCAAGAAAGGUCAAUGCUAAGAGCAAAAAAAAUCAGAGAACAACUGGUACAACUUAUGGAAAAGGUUGAGAUUGAAUUAAUUUCAAACAGUGAGGAUUCUGAAGCCAUACGAAAGGCUAUUACAAGUGGUUUCUUCUACAAUGUAGCUACGCUUGAAGGACACACAGGAAGUUACAGGACAAUGCAUAAGAAACAAACAGUCUAUAUCCAUCCAUCCUCUUCAAAAGAACAAAAAGAUCCACCAAAAUGGGUUGUCUUCUUUGAGCUAGUUCUCACUACCCAAGAAUUUAUGAGACAAGUUAUUGAGAUUGAACCAACUUGGUUGCUAGAGAUUGCUCCUCACUUAUAUAAUGGUAAAAUUACUGUUAAGGAGCAUAAGAUGCCAAAAACUCUUGGAAAAUCAAGUCGUAAUAAAUAA